AGUCUGGAUCAGGCAGGAGGUGUUUCGCCACAAGGUGUUCGACCAAGAGCCGUCAGCCCCUUCUAUGGAGAGGACUUCUACUUUGAGAUCCCUCGUCCAUUUCAGUGUUUAUCCUUCUACGUCUAUGCCAAGAGCGUUUUCCAAAGGGACCUACCUGUUGGCAAGGUGUCAAUCAGGAAGGAUGACCUGGCCAAAUACAGUGGAAAAGAGCAUUGGUGCAGCCUUCAUCCAGUAGAUCCCAACUCAGAAGUCCAGGGAAAGGUUCACUUGGAGAUGCGGCUGAAUGAAGUGAUCACAGAGAACGGAUCAGUGGGUCAACACUUAGUGGUCCGGUGAGUACCAUCACAUCAGACUUCAUUUAGCUGCACUUACAAAAGCCAAGAGUACCUCGUCUGAGAAGCCAUGUCUGAUCUGGUCUUAUA